AAAUACCCUGUUUUACUGUACGUACGAGUACGAGUACGAGCGAUUGUACUAAGCGUUCAGAGUUCAGGAAGAUAUAAUUUCGAACAAAACAUCAUGCGAAUUCUGUGCCGAAUGAAAAUUCGAUGUACUUCCUCAGUCUGUAGUAAGAGAACCAACUACCUGGUACCGUGCGGUGCGAUACUCGUAGCUGGAAGCAAAUCAGAUGCGAAUGGAGAAUCGAAAAUUCGUUGUUGAUGUUGCACAAUCCUUUCCACUAGCAAUACGAACAAACUAUGGAAAUCAUCACUAUCGAACGCGGAUGAUGAUGACGACGACGACGAGGAGGAAGAGGACGACCGACACCACAAAGAUGGGAAGUUCUCCCGUUGUGGCUGCUGUUUUUUUGGUUGCUUGUGCUGCGGCAGCUCUGGUUCUGGUUCUCGUUCUGCUUCUGGUUCUCCUUCUCGUUCUCGGUCCCGUCUCCCCCUCUGUCGGUGCAACGCACAAGUCGAAGGCGACUUCCACGCCCACCUUGCGAAAAUGCAGCAGUGGCAAGAGCAACAACUGCGACAGAGCACCCGACUACUGGCCCCGAUUCUCCGGAACCCGCCGGGUACGACUCCUGGACGGUAUCUGGAACGCGAGUCUCCUUCGCUCGCACCCCGAGGGAUUCGACUCCAUGGAUCCGGACCUCGACGCAUCCACCUUCGACACCCCGGAACGGGUCGCGGUCCCCUCCACCAUCGAGGUGGUGGCCGAUCCCGACCAUGGGUACCUCCCGGGGUACCUGGGGUACCGUGGGGUGUCGGUCUUUCGGACGCGGUUUUCUACCGACGAGAGCACGAACGGAGGAGGUGGCCGGCUCUUGUUCCAGGCCUGCUCGUUUUACUGUCGGGUCUGGCUGAACGGGAUCGAGAUCGGGGACCACAGGGCCGGGGGUUACGUGGCGUGGUGGCUCGACGUUCCCCGAGAGGUACUGGAUGCGGGUGCUGUUGUCCAGCGGGGCAUCACCGCAGCUGCGGGUUCGAGCGCAAAUCCAACCGUUGACUCCCGUGCAACGGGAAAGGGAAGAACAAUGCUGGUAUCCCACGACCUGGUGGUGCUUGUCGAUAACCGAUUCAACGGGACUACUGCGCCCCUCCACACCGGUGGAGAUUUUUGGCAUUACGGAGGGAUCCUGCGGUCCGUAGAAUGGCACGAUCGCCCUGCAAAAUCUUUGUUGUCGCGGCAUUCUUUCAUCAAAGGCAACCGCAAACCAUUCGUCGCUGCCAGCCAUGGCAACGAAUCGUCGUCGGCGUGGCCCUGGAGGCUCUAUGUCUACCCACAAAAGGACCUGCAAACCGUUCGCUUGAAACUACAAGUUGCCGGAGCUUCAGGAAACGAACCCGGGAACCUUGCAAUUUUUUUCGAUGGUGACGACGAAACAAAUGCCCUUGAGGACAACCACCAUGGCUUUGCUGGCGACGCUGGCGAGGACGAUUUGUGGGAAUCUCUGGAAUCGCAUCCUUCGAGGACUCUGGAGGCAGUAGCCAAAUCACCAUGGUUGGAAACCGAUCAGUUGCUGGAUCUGGGGCUGGUGUCGGUCCCAAAUCCACGGGUGUGGUCCACCACCGAUCCGCAGCUCCACACCGUGUCUGCUUCCCUGAACGGAGCCGUCGUCACCGAACGCUUCGGGCUCCGUUACUGGGAUGUAGACCCGGACCAGAGCCGGAUACGGCUCAACGGAAAGGUGCUCAAGCUCGUGGGGUGGAACCACCACACCCAGUGGCCGUACACGGGAGCAACGCCCACGACGGAACAGCUCAACCGCGACCUUUCACUCCUGAAGGAACACGGACACGCCAAUUUUGUACGUGGCGCCCACUAUCCACAGGAUCCUCGCUGGCUGGAUCGAUUGGACGAGCAAGGCAUGGUAGGCUGGUGUGGUGAGUAAGGCUUGUGUGGUGUCAAAGGAGAACAACAGAAACUAAAUGAGAGGCUAGCUAUCUGUGUUUCUUGUAUUAUGGAUAGUAUUGAUACCCUUUGUUGCUUCGUUCGGAGCAAAACUGUGUUAGGCUCACACUGCUUUGUCCCGUGACGCAUGCAUCGAAAGAAACGCUCGGGCCUGGGAUUUCCAUCUCGAACCUGAAGGACGAAUACUUUUUGGAGCAGCAGGACCAACAACUGAACGAAAUGAUCGAUAACGCAUCCAACCACGCAUCGGUUGCAUUCUGGGCAUUUUUCAACGAAGGUCCAAGCCACAAGGAAGAAGCCUGCGCGGGAUACCAAAGGAGUUCCGACGCCGUUUUGGCCCGGGAUGCGACCCGCUUUGUCACCUACGCUUCCAACCGCCCUUCCGUCGAUAAGUGCUACGGGGCCGCCACCGUCAUUUCCCACAACGGAUACCCCGGCUGGUACCACCCGGAUGAACCCGGUCGUUACUGGAACCGCAUCGCGGACGACCUCCGGGCCGGCAAGUCCCCGUCGGCGAUCGGAAAGCCCUUUGUGAUCUCCGAAACGGGUGCGGGGGGAAUCUACGAGUGGCACCAAAACGAUACUUGCGUAAAAUGGACGCUGGGAUAUCAGACCAACAUUGUAAUAGAGGAUGUGGACACCGCAAUUCAAAACGGGAACGUUUCCGCGAUAGCCCUCUGGCACUUCUUUGACUUCAAGGUGGACGACCAAUACGAAAACGAAACGCACUGCGAUUAUAGAGAGGGCGUCGUACCGCCGACCUGUGGCUUCAUUGAUGUCGAGCACCAACCAAAACGGCCGGGGGGUGCCAACCACAAGGGUUCCCUCGACUUUUUCCGGCGACCGAAACCCGUCUUUGCGGCUGUAGCCUCCAGGUAUAGAACCGCUACGACUCGCGGGAGCGGGCGAGGAUUCUUGGAAGGGGACUGAAGCGAAGCGAGCCUGCCGCAUUCCACAAUCAUAGAUUCGAGAAACCCCACGCGCACAUCGAGGAAACCGAAUUUUUCGUUGUUUUCGAUUGUAAGAACUCGAAAUAUGGAAUCGAUGGUGCAGAAAACGGGGCUACAAAAAGAGUCAUCUCAUAAAUAGUUGUUAAGCACAAGGUAAUCGUGCUGCUAGGUUUCAAGUCAUGACAAAUAAAGUUACUUAAAUAAUGAGCUACUGAAUGAUUGGCAAGAAUCGGGAAUCACCGUGAAAACAGACGUUGCUUCAGAAACAAAGACACCACGGAUCGAAUCAAAUCGUCAACAGCCUCACAAGAAACAAAGACACCACGGAUCGAAUCAAAUCGGCAACAACCUCACAAGCCGCAUUUGUCAACAAAGUUGUCCACACUCGCGAUGCAACCAGUAGUAGCUCCGAACAAACAAAGUGCAACUCCUAUGCAGGCUGUACCUGCGCAGGCGGCCAAGAUGCAGGGGGCGAUUGCCCCGCACGCAGCAGUCAUUUGGCCAGUUGCAAGGACACAACCGAAACCGAAAGUCUGAACGUUUUGAACUCCGAAGGAAUUGUCUUCCGCGAUUUGAAGUUGCAUGAGCUCAUGUUCGACAGCGACGGAUUCCGCCUCGGACAAAACGCAGCUGGUGGUGGGGCCAGCAUUCUUCGAGCUCUUGAGGCCACGGGAACGGGGACCCUUUCUGGAAGGUUCCAUAACGUUGAGGAAUGCUUCAUCUUGGUCCUUGGCUGCCGCAACAGCGAGAAGGAGAAAGAGAGAAAGGAGGCUGCAGAAUCGAGUCAUCGUGUUGGACAGAUCCUUCGCUCAAGAGAAAAAAAAGAGACAUUGGUGAGGAACGAGAAAGGCUGGUUUGAUGUUAAAGAAAGAGAAACGCACGAAUAUACCAAUCAAUGGACGAUCUUGCAGAGAGAUAAUGAUUCGUGUGACUCACAGUACCGUUUUAAGAAACAAUAAUAGCUUCUGUAUGAUUGAUAAUUUUGAAUUGUGAGAGCUGAGAGUUUUUUUCCGAAAAGCUGCUUGUUUACAUGGAGCUGCGUGUAAACUUUAUGAUUCCGGUUAUUCUAAAUUCUCUGAAGCGCUCAGUGUAGGGAUCUACCGGUACGGUAGCAACUGUUCCAGCAACCAAGCUCAGCACAUUAAUUGGAUUGGUACGGUAGCAGCUGUUUCAGCAACCAAGCUGAGCACGGAAAGUGAUUCUCCAGCGAGUGCACAAUAAAUCCAAGGUGAGGAUAUUAAAUGAAGCUACUGUCCCACUGAUAGAUCCGAAAUAUCACUGUCUGACUGUGUUCGACAUAGCCACCCAUACUGGUAGUGAUUCUCAAGCGAGUGCACAAUAAAUCCAAGGUGAGGAUAUUAAAUGGAGCUACUGUCCCCAAUGAUAGUUUCGAAAUAUCACUGUCUGACUGUGUUCGACAUAGCCACCCAUACCGGAACGGGGUAUUUUGUACAGUACGUGGUAUUUAAAAUACCGGAAAUCAAAAUUUCAUUGGACAGAUUGAGGGGAAUCAAAAUUUCAACGGACA